CUACACCACCAUGUUCUUGGUCAAGCUUACAGAAUUUGAGCCUCUUCUUGACUCAACCUCCUAUCUUGCUCAAUAUUCGAACGACAAUGCCGACAUAAAAUUCGCACCUGGGAAGCUCUUCCUAAUCGUCCCGAACCGUUCCCCUCGCUUCUUUGCAACGCUACAAUUGUCGCCAAGAUGGUUCUCCAACUAUUCCGUCGAUCAUGUUCAUAGUUCCAAGGUUUCCCUUGAAUCCUUCCAUGAUGCUAUGUUGGAUGGUGGAGAUUUUUCUUCAAUGUCAAUCCAUCUUUUGGACAAAACAAACCAAAUGUUUCUUAGAUUUGAUACUCCUUCGAGCCAAAUCCAACCUUCGCAUCAUGAAUUGACAUUGUCACCUCCCCAAUCAGAAGACAUUCAAAUUUGCGAACAUGAACUUGAUCUAGAUAAAUUUGUCAUAGUUAAAUCUAAGUCAUUAAGAAGAGUUAUAAAAGAGUUACCUAUCUUCCACAAUGAUUCAAUCAUUUGUGUUAGCGUAACCACUUCUCAAAUCAAGUUCUCCAUUGCAUCAAAGGCGAUUGUUCUUAGUGAGGAGGGUCAACAUUGUAAGAUUGAAGGUUUUGGAGAAGUUGAAAGUCAAUUCCGGAUCAAUCUUUGUCCUAUGUUGUUUUUCCUGAAUUUUACAUAUAAAGCAAGCAAGAUUUGGUUUUAUAAGACAAAGAAUAAUGCUUAUACUGUAAUGAUGGUUCCAGCUUUUGGAAUUUAUGGUCAAUAUGCAAUCUAUUUUCCCACCACAUGA